CAAGCACUCUGGUACAUGGACAUGGCCGGCCCUCAACACUCGGCGCCUGUCAAUUUUGCGUCUGUCUUCCGUCCAUCCUCGAGGAGCAGCCACCUACACACGACGAGUCCGCUCGACACAACCGCAACCACGUCGACGCCCAACUCAAAGACGACCAGACGCUUCGCCUCGCUCAGAGGGCUGCAUGACCGUCCGACCACCUCUCGUCUGAAGAAGCAGCCGACCACCGCCUCGACCUCGACGUCGACUGUGCGCUUCCAGGAGAAGCAAGACGAACUCGGCGCCAUGAUCGAUGCGACGGGCCCAAAGUCUCGACGCGAACGCACCCUGAUCGGCACAGAGUGCGCUGCAUGCGAAGAGCCGCUGGAACACACGCUGCGCGGAGAGCGCAUCCUGCAGCUGUCGUGUGGCCAUGUCGCCCACGAAGCCUGCUUCUACGAGUUUAUAAAGGAGUUUGAGUCCCAGGAAUGUCCUUCGUGUAACGCUCCAUUGGGGCUCGACACCAGCCGGGGCGGCAACCUAAACUUUGCAAAAUUGAACAACCUGGUCAACAACCGCAGCACAAACAGCCCCGACUUGCGCGACCGCACACGGGACUCUGAUAAUACCCCGACGCCUUGGGACGAUCCGCCUCGUCAACCCCAUCACAGCCACCACACCUCGGUCCAAACCGCCAUCCAGGACCCGAGCCCACGCCCGCCGACCCAAGCCAGCUUUACUCGCUCUCACCAGCACAAUAACAGCGUUAACACGCACAAUACACACAAUAACAGCGUUCAGACUAGAUCAGUCGAGUCGCGCCAGCAUGGGAGAAACAACAGUCAGGCAACCGACGAGUCUCACAACCGAAGGAUCGAAUACGACCUUCAGUCCAUCGCCGCCGAUAUUCCCAGUCCACGACCAAACGUCAAGAAUCCUAUACCUGCUCCCACCGUCACCGUACGCACCGAGUUUCCGACUCUGAACCGAAGCCGCCAACAACAAAGCUUGACUUGUUUGGUCACAGUCGAAGUUGUCGACGGAAAAUGGCGCGCCGAUGUCGAAGACAUCAUGUCCCUAGCAGCCGACAACACCGAUGCCAUGUCAAUACCUCGCUCGCCCGAACCGCAAAGACAGUUUGACCUUCCUCACACCCCUUCGCAUGUUCUAGACCGUGUCACCGAAGACCUGCACACCAAGGUGGACAAUUGGCAUGGACUUGAUUUCUCAAGAUUUGGCAGACUUUUGCUUCAUGGUACCAUCCGCGUAGGCAAGGACCGCCAGUCAUGGCAAGAUCUGGAGUGCUACCUCUUUACAGAAAUGCUCAUCUGCAUCAAGGAGAAGAAACCACAACAUCAGUGGGAGACUGCCUCUGAAUCCGCAAAGAUGAGAACGAAGUGCACCCUCAAGGGUUCGAUCUUGAUCAAGAGACACUUGAAGCAGGUCCAGUUUGUGCCUGAGCAUGACAUACUCACUUUGAACCUCUCAGUCGCCGAGCUACCGCACUUCCACCUCCAAUUCCGCGACAGAUCGCAACUAGACAUCUGGAGACGCGCUUUGAUCAGUAUCAACAGCCUUGAGCUGUCUGAAAGCGAUGAAGAUCUCGAAACUUCAGGUACCGAUGAAGACGAUUUGGCAUCAAGAGGAGGAAGACGUUCCUCGAUUCCCUCGUCUUACGGUGCCGCCAAGUCCGCCUACACCGCACCUACAGAAUACACCAGCCCUACUUUCCGUGGUACACAAGGCUUCAGACUCCCUGCCGCCAUGCAUGUCCCUCUGGAUAUUGUCGUUGUUGUACCCAUCUCUUCAUCCAUGCAGGGCCUCAAGAUUUCUCUUCUUCGCGACGUCUUGCGAUUCCUUGUCAACAAUCUUGGCGAGCAGGACCGCAUGGGUCUCGUCACCUACGGUUCCAGUGGAGGUAGCAUGCCUGUUGUAGGCAUGACAUCCAAAACUUGGAAUGGUUGGUCUAGAGUUUUCGAAGCCAUCAAGCCAAUCGGACAAAAGAGUCUGCGUGCUGAUGUGGUAGACGGUGCAAACGUAGCAAUGGAUCUUCUUAUGCAGAGGAAGGCUGCAAACCCAAUCUCGGGAAUCAUGCUCAUUAGCGAUUCCACAACAUCCGACAUCGAGAGCGUUGAUUUUGUCGUCUCGCGCGCCGAAGCCGCAAAAAUCGCCAUUCAUUCGUUCGGUCUAGGACUUACACAUAAACCCGACACGAUGAUUGAGUUGUCCACGCGCACGAAAGCAACAUACACAUAUGUCAAAGAUUGGAUGAUGCUUCGUGAAUGCGUAGCUGGCUGUCUGGGAUCCUUGCAAAGCGUUUCACAUCAGAACGCUAAACUGAAACUGCGCCUGCCAGAAGGUUCACCUGCCAAAUUUGUCAAAAUUAGCGGUGCCCUCCAGAUAACAAAGCGUGCCACCGGUCGUGAUGCUGAGGCCUCAUUGGGUGAUUUGCGCUUUGGAGACAAGAGAGACAUUCUUGUGCAACUGGCCAUCUCACCCGACAACUCAACUCCCGAGCAAGAUUUGCAAGAUCCUUGGGAGACGAUUGUUUCUGGACUUGAGGCUCUAGGUGGGCCUCUUGAACAGGACGACAUGCGCCCAGUAUCUGUUGAGGAGGUUCCACUCAUCCAAGCUGAUCUUGCUUGGGGCGAUAUCCUUCGCGAAGGCAAUGUCUCUCAGCUGCCCCGUCCAUCGCUUCUCGCAAUCACCAUGCUACCUCCGGUCUCGAAGAAGGCAUCGAUGAGCCGCACAGUCUCCCCCCCGAUUCCGCCUCAUCCUUCGGUCGUUCAACGUCGCAUGGAGCUGCUCACAUCUGACAUGCUUACCAGAGCUUUGACAUUGGUCUCAAGAGGCCAGCAUGAAAGAGCUUCUCAUCUGCUCACCGAGACUCGCAGCAUUUUGAAGGGUCUUGGCAAGGGCGGGCUGCCUCCUCUUCCACCCCCUUCAGCGCCACCGACAGCCCGGCUGCCACCCACCCCUACAGCAAGUAUCCACAGUAACGGAACAGACCAAUUGCCGUCGGGACCACCUACAGGCCCUCUUCCUCCACCUCCCAUGUUCAUGGGCACUCCGUUAUCCAUGGAGCCGAGACGUACUCCCACUCCCCCUCGUCUUGAACCUCUCAGUCCUUUCACCCCUGCCGCUGGGAUUGACGCAGAUAUCAUGUCAGCACUCGACACUGAGCUCGCAUCAUCUCUGGAGUGGAUUAACCACCCUGCCGUAUUUGGCCGUGACAGCCGCAAAGCUGUUUUGCAAGCUAUUGGCGUUAUCAGCAGUCAGCGCGGAUUCACCAUGCGCACUCCAGCAGAAAGCCUAUGGGCCACACGUGUCCCCGGUACCCGACGUCUCAACGAUCGCAGUCGCGAAUGGCGCGAGACUGGAGACGAGCUUCUCGCCGAGGAGUCCUGAAAGAAGCAACUUCUGCUUGCUAACUUAACGACGACCCACGACUCUCUUCCGACUCUUUCCUCUUUACCUCUUUCUAUUUUCCCAUCUUCUGAGAUAUCCCCGGAUUUGUUAUUGUUAUUCUUGUUGAUACCCGUUUCAUUGUUUUGGUUUUGCCAAUAUCCCUUGGAUAUGCCGCGCUGUUCAUUCUGCCAUUUUGGAAAGAGGAGUUCCAAAACUGUACAGGAAGGAAAGGAGAUUUCAAAAAAAAGUCUUGUCUAUAAUGCGGUACAUGCUUUCCUUACGCUCAAAUGAUCUUUAUCCUUUGUAUACUGCGAUAGAUCAGAAACUGUAUAUAUCCUUCUUCAUUGAAGUGGC